AUGCCCGCGGGUGCCGACCCGCCAGAACAGCGUAAGCGCCCCGCGGCGCCCAUCUCCGCCUCGGCCUUCAGCUUCACCCUCGGCCCGCCAGCGAAGAAGGCCAAGCCUCCUGCCCCGCCACCCGCGGCGAGGAAGGUGGCGAUCCCGGCCCCAAACCCGAACGCAACGCCCAAGAAACCCGUCGUCCUCGGCUCGCUCCCCUCCCCGUUCGCCCUCUCCCCCGCGACGCCGCAACGCACCCGCCUGACCGCCGUGCUCGAGGACCCCGCGUCGCCCUUCAGGCGCCAGCCCAAGCCCGCGCGCGAGGACACGCCAGGAGUGGUAGGCCUCACUGCGCUGCCGAAGGUGCAGCUCGCGGCCGUGGUGCAUGCGCAGCGCGAGGACGAGGGGGUCGGCGUGUCGCCGAGGAAGAACAAGGGUACGAUCGUGCACAAGGGCCCUGGCCCACCGCCGUCGGUGCGCCUCGUAUCCCUCCUCGCCGCGUCCAACACCUCCCUCGUCCUCUUCUACACCGCGAUGCAGCACGCCCUCGGGCCGACGGCGCGCCACCGUACCACCCCGGCCAAGUACGCGCGCUCGGCGCCUGGGCGGCUGGCGAUUGUUUCACCUGUUCCCGGGCCGACGCACGUCGUGGUCAUGUUUCGCUGCCGUGUGAUCUCGUGGCGGGAGCGGCUGCCAGACGACGAAGUGGUCGUCGUGCUGACAGCUUUACCCUCCGACUGCCCUCGAGUCGGUGUCGACCCCCGCGUCGCGGCUUCGCCUGGGAAGCCCCUCGAGAUUGGCGUCUGGGAGCCGUGGAGCGAUCGCCACGUGCCCUCUCACCCCGACGUCCUCUUCCUCUCUCGUUACCUCAUCGCCGAGGCAGAGUAA